AUGGCUGAAAAUUCAUGGACGAGAGAGGAGAACGAGAAGUUCAAGAAUGCACUGGAGGUGUUCUCUGCCUUUUUGCCUACUCGAUUCGAGAAAAUUGCCGAGUGUUUGCAAAAACCGGUGCCUGAUGUUAAGAAGCAUUACGAGGAAAUGGUCAAUGAUCUUUUACGAGGAAUAGCUUUUCCUAAUGAAUUAAAUGAGGCUCAGAGUUCCUACGAGGCAGAGAGAACUAAAUGGAGCAAAGAAACACACGAAUGGUUUCUGAUCGGUUUAAAGCGGUAUGGGAAAGACUGGUGUAAAAUUGCUAUCUUACUGGAUACCAAGAACCCGAUGCAAGUUGCAAUGUAUGCACGUAAGUAUUUCAACUGGCAAAACUCUGAGAAAAAUGUGAUAGAUUCGCCAGGAGCCAACGACAUACCUGAUCUAAGGAACACCAAAAUUGUGAAUGAUGUGAGGAAACGACGGAGACACAACAACAUAACUCUGGUGGACAACAAUGUGGACUCGACAGACGACCGACAAGAGAUUAUUUCUGGCUGGAUUGAACAAGUAUGGGAAAGGAGAAUGGAAGAUGAUAUCAAGAGAAUUUGUCAAGACAAGGAACCAAAUGCAAGUGGGCAACCCAUGCUCAGAAGUAUUACAAAAGGCAGCAAUUGGGGAGCAAGCCAGAUUUUGGAAAGCAUAACCCUCCGCAAUGAUGAUGAUCAUCCGCCGUCCCGAGGCUCUUGUCUUGGACCUUAG